GUAUAUCUAAUGCGGCAGAGUUUGAAUUAGUCACAGACAUACCAUACUAGUUUGAAAGAUGAAUGAGACACUGUGGACCUUGGUUUUCUGUGCUUUGUUAUUUGAAGCUAUGACAGAGGCCUGUAGUCCGUGUACCUGUCGGUCCACGUUAGACUGCACUGGAAGAUCCGCUGAUUGCGAAGCUAAAGCACUAACGCAAGUACCUACUCUCCCCAGCGACGUAUGUCAAUUGGAUUUGGGAAGGAACAAGAUAACCACAAUAAAAGAAAGCGACUUUAUUUCUUUCACAAACUUAGUGACAUUGGAUCUUAACCACAACAGUAUUACCACAAUAGACGACAAUGCCUUCAGGAAUUUGACAAAAUUAGAACAACUAUUUCUUGACGGGAACAGUAUAAACACAAUAAAGAACGGGACAUUCAUUGGCUUGUCUAACUUGAAGGAAUUGGCUGUGUAUGAUAAUCCUUUUCACUGCGAUUGCGAGUUGAUAGGCUUCGUCGAUUUCCUCAAAUCUGGACGUGUCACUGUAUCCGGUACUCCGCAGUGCUCUACUCCUGAAAACUUGAAUGGAACGUCAUUGGUCAAUCUAUCAGCUUCAAACUUUACCUGUCCCGACAUAACCACCGUGUCAACAACGAUCCCUGAAACAUCUUACGAUAUGAACAGCAUGUCCACAACGAUUCCAGAAACAGAAAGCGAAACAAUAUACACCACAACGGAGAAUAUAGAAACAACUUCAGAAACCAAUUGUUCACCUUUAGAAAAAGGGAACGUAUUAGUUGUUACGUACUUAUCUUUAUGUAUUAUUGUACAAACCAUGAUUGGGUUAUAGAAAUGUUAUAAAUCAGGAAUUGACUAAUUGAAAGUGCUCACAAAAUUGUCUUAGAAUUCUCAAUGUAACGUGUUUUUACCCCAGAUAAUUCUUCAAACUUCAUAUUUAAAGUUAAUCAUACUAUACGUAAUGGGAAAAUUAGUAAAUUUCAAACAUAUUUUCAGGAAAUGCACAAAAAAGCACUUAGUAUGUAUUUUCCAAAUUCAAAAUUGAUCAAUAAACACAUUCUAGAAAUAAAAAUCAUAGAUAUCCAGGCUUUUCAAGAAGUUGCACAAUUUUUAUCCAUAUUGGGUACUUUAAUUUCUUCAAUUUACUUCGAUCAUUUUACAAUGCACAGUAUUUAAAGUUUUCCAUCAUUGCAAAACACCAUAAAUCACUUCCUAUUUCAUAUCAUGAUAAUAAACAUUGGUAACUAUGGUUUGAUUUCAAUGAACUUCAAUUUCUUUAAAUACGAAAUUUGAAAAUAUUUUAGGGGCAAAAAUUUUGAAUCUUUAUAAGUCCUUUUGGAGAGCUUCAAAGAACCCUGAAGCACAAUGAGAGGUAUAAAAUGAAAAUUAUUGCAUGAAAUGAAUUUUCAAGUCUCAUUUUGAUACUUUUUAAAUUGUAAAUUAGAGAGUUAUUCUUCCUGACCGAGGAUCGGAGAUCCUUAAAAUAAUAAUUCCGACUUAGGAUGAAAAAAGUGGGUCGACAGAUAGGCGAGAAAGUUCUUUUUACCUGAAAAUAUCCAAUGCUUAAUUUUCUAUAUCUACAAUACAAAAUGCAAUAAUAAUGAUAGUAAUAAUAAUAAUAAUAAUUGUUUCCUGUAGAUUGGAAAAGUUUUGAGUCGGGUCAUGUUAAGUCGGUCGGUCGGAAGAGGGCACCCAAUUGUUUUUUUUUAACCCCAAAGAUUUGAUAUGACAUUGCUUUUCGGUCGUACUCAGAGGAUGUUUGUCGAAUAAGUUGGGAAAGAUAAACACACCAUAUGCAUGGGAUAGCAGUAUUUAACAUUAUAAAUAUGGGAUCGGUAAUAUGCAAUUAUAAUAUAUACUAUUGUAAUUCUAUUAUUUUGCACAUUAUAUAAAGAAAAUUGUCUGUUAGUAUUUUCUGUAAGUUCAAGGUUGACCUUUACUUCCGGGUGAAAUUGCCGUUUUUAGAUUUCACCUCUGUUAAUAUCCAUACGUUGUGAAUUUCAUUACGAUGACGUUGAACAUGUAAAUAAACAAAAUAAUAGUUUUAUUAUUGAUAUAGGAGAUUUUGAAUGAAUAGUAGUACUUUAAUGUAUUUUGAUUGUAUAAUGUUACUUGUUUGUAAGUUUUAAUAAUGGAACCAUCUUGCACGAGACUUUUUGUGUUAAUACUGUAAACAAAGUCUUUUCUUUGUAAACGUAUUUUUAAAGUAAAUGCGUUUAACGAAUUUUAACAAUGUAUAAAUAGAACGAAUCCGUUGGUUUUCAGUUUGUCUGUAUUUUGGGUUUUAGAGAAGCAAGUGGGGUACAGACAAUUUUUGGAAAAUGUAAGUUUAUUCCUUCAUUUUGUAUUAAAUUGGAUUAAACCUGCUUGAAAUUGUUAAGAACUAUUUUAAGGAAUUUGGAUUGUUCACAUAUUUCCAUAUUUUGGGAAUUUGAUCAUAUAUAUAUAUUUAUUAAUAAGUGAAGUUAUUUGAUGAAAAGUCAAAUAUUCAGGGUUGAUCUGCUGAAUCAGACAUUUGAGUUCUGAUGUUAUUUUGGGAGAAAUUGUAAAAAAAAAAAAUUGCGGGAAUUAAUUUUAAGUUAUUUUGA